GUCGUUCCCGGCCUCAGGUCCACGCUGCGGGGAGCAGCGGUAUCCUGAAGCCAUCGAAGGCUGUGUGCCGGUGGAAAUUCUGGGACAGGUUUAAGAAGAGAGAGAACCUAAAUUGGUAAUAAAUCAGUAAGAAACAAAUGUUUACAUUCACUCAGUGAAAAGUAUCAUGUCUAAGUUCAACAUAUAUUGGAGCCACACAUGGACACCUCUCCCUCCUCCACUAAGAGCGGAAAAUGAACAAAUUCCAGGAACAAGUGUCAUUCAAGGAUGUAUGUGUGGACUUCACCCAGGAAGAGUGGUAUCUGCUGGACCCUGCUCAGAAGAAACUGUACAGAGAUGUGAUCCUGGAAAAUUACAGUAACCUUAUCUCAGUAGGGAAUUGCAUUACUAAGCCAGAAGUGAUCUUCAAGAUAGAGCAAGGAGAAGAGCCCUGGAUAUUAGAAAAGGGAUUCUCAAGCCAAUGCCAUCCAGAAAGGAAAUGGAAAGUUGAUGAUCUGUUAGAGAGCAGCCAGGAGAGUCAAGAUGAACAUUUUUGGCAGCUUAUAUUCAACAACAACAAGACAGUAAAUGUAGAAAGUGGCAGCAGAGUAAGGAAAACUUUCAAUUUGGUCACAGACCCUGUUUCUUCAAGAAAUUUUCCCUAUAAAAUAUGUGACUCAUGUGAAAUGAAUUUGGCAAAUAUUUCAGGCUUAAUUAUUAGUAAAAAGAACUAUUCUGGAAAGAAACCUGGUGAGUUUAAUGUAUAUGAGAAAUUGCUCCUUGACAUUAGGCAUGAGAAAAUUCCUAUUGGAGAGAAAUCUUACAAAUAUGGUCAAAAAAGGAAUAUUCUUAGUCAUUACCAGGAUCUCACUCAGCCAAUUUUUGACCAGCCUCUUGAGUAUAAUGAAGAUGGACAUGACUUCCAUAAGGAGGCAGCCUUUUUUACAGAUAAGAGAUCUCAGAUAGGAGAGACACUCUCUAAAUAUAAUGAAUGUGGAGGAACCUUCAUUGAAAGUUUAAAGCCAAAUGUACCUCAGAGAACUCAUUUGGAAAUGGAGCCAUAUGAAUGCAGCAUUUGUGGAAAGUCCUUCUAUAUGGGUUUAAAAUUUGGACAUCAGAGAGCUUUUACAGGGGACGGUCCUUACGACGAAUAUAAUGAAUAUGGGGAAAUCUGUGACAAUUCGACUUUCAUUAUCCAUCAGGGAGCUUACUCAAGAAAGAUUCCCCAUGCAUAUAAAGUGAGUGACAAAACUUGGGAAAAGUCAACUCUCUUUAAGCAUCAGAUAGCACACAUGGGGGAAAAACCCUAUGAGUACAAUGAAAAUGGGAAUAAUUUCAGUAAGAAGUCACAUGUCACCCAACUUCGGAGAGCUCACCCAGGAGAAAAGACGUUUGUAUGUGGUGAAUGUGGGAAAACCUUCUGGGAGAAGUCAAACCUCACUCAACAUCAAAGGACACACACAGGAGAGAAGCCCUAUGAGUGUACUGAAUGUGGAAAAGCCUUUUGCCAGAAACCACACCUUACCAACCAUCAGCGAACACAUACAGGAGAAAAGCCGUAUGAAUGUAAGCAAUGUGGAAAAACAUUCUGUGUGAAGUCAAACCUCACUGAACAUCAGAGAACACACACAGGGGAGAAACCUUAUGAAUGUAAUGCAUGUGGAAAAUCCUUCUGCCAUAGGUCAGCCCUAACUGUCCAUCAGAGAACGCACACAGGGGAAAAGCCUUUUAUAUGCAAUGAAUGUGGAAAAUCCUUCUGUGUGAAGUCAAACCUCAUUGUACAUCAGAGAACUCACACAGGGGAGAAACCCUAUAAAUGUAAUGAAUGUGGGAAAACCUUCUGUGAAAAAUCAGCUCUCACUAAACAUCAGAGAACUCACACAGGAGAGAAACCAUACGAGUGUACUGCAUGUGGGAAGACCUUUAGUCAGAGAUCAGUACUUACUAAACAUCAGAGAAUUCACACAAGGGAAAGCUCUUUCAACAUCCUGAAUGUUCAGAAGCCUUCAUACACCUGUCAGAUUUGUUGUACAGUUUGAAAAAGUGAGAUUAGAGAAAGCCAAAGAAUGCCACAAAUUACUAGAAAAUGGUAGCUUUCAAGAAAAAUUAAAACUUUUCAUUAGAAAAUCUGUACUGAGGGGGAAUCUGUUCAUUUAAGUAAUGCAGUAAAAAUCUUUAGUACUUAUUUAGUGUCAUAUUCUAGAUGUGAUACCAAAAUUUUAUUGUAAUUAUAGUGGACAAUAUUCAUGUAUACCAUAUUCACAGUGAGAUCUGAAGCUUAAAAAAUGUUGAAUGGCAGCACCGUUAAACAUAUAUGUGAGGUGUCCCUGAUGUUUGUAGAUCUUAUGUGAGAAUGUUAAUGUAACGGGAAUUUGGGGUAUGCUUGAUUUGUAUAUUGGAGCCCAACAUGGUUGUGAGGAGAACCCUUAGUUUAGUAAUUAUUAUGGUAUAAAUAUUUUCCACACUAAAUACCACCAGUGUCUUUAUAUCUUGAAAUAAUUUUGUAUGUGUGUCGACGUAUGUGUGUGCAUGGGUAUAUAUGUAUAUGUGUAAAUAUAUUUGUACACACAUACUUACACACAUAGUGAUAUGUUAGUAUCACUUUCUAUGACUUAA